AUGUGUGCGGCGAGGCGGAUGCUGCUGCUGCUGCUGGCUUUCCUGGCCUACGCACUGGAUUCAGCUGCGGCGUAUGGCACGGCGGAGACCCUCUGUGGCGGGGAGCUGGUGGACACGCUGCAGUUCGUCUGUGGGGACAGGGGCUUCUACUUCAGUAGACCGGUGGGACGAAAUAACCGGCGGAUCAACCGGGGAAUCGUGGAGGAGUGCUGCUUUCGGAGCUGUGACCUGGCUCUGCUGGAAACCUACUGCGCCAAGUCCGUCAAGUCCGAGCGCGACCUCUCUGCUACGUCCCUGGCGGGCCUGCCAGCACUCAACAAGGAGAGCUUCCAGAAGCCCUCGCACGCCAAGUACUCCAAGUAUGACGUGUGGCAGAAGAAGAGCUCCCAGCGGCUGCAGCGGGAGGUGCCCGGCAUCCUGCGGGCUCGCCAGUACCGGUGGCAAGCAGAGGGGCUGCAAGCGGCCGAGGAGGCCAAGGCGCUGCACCGUCCCCUCAUCUCCCUGCCCAGCCAGAGGCCCCCAGCAGCACGAGCCUCCCCCGAAACGGCUGGCCCCCAGAAAUGAACCCUGACCAGCCGUCUCGAUUUUUGAUCUCCCGGGGGAGGGCGGGAGGACUGGCGAGACCCGGCCCCCGAGCCCCUCCGUCCCCGGGGCCACCGAGCCGAGGAGCGGGGCGGCGGGGCACUCUUACGCCGCUCUGGCCCCAACCAAACAACUAACACAGCAAGGAGGGGAUGG